CCUCUCUAGCUUUUACGGUUUACCUCUUCAAUACGGGAGGCGAAAGUCGCAUCACGAACCUUCUAAGAAAUUGGCGUCGAGAUUUCCGUUUCUCUGUCGUUUUGGCCCCCGAAUUUUCUCCCUAUGCGAAUGAGAUUGGAACUGUCGCUGCUGCUUUUGGACCGGCGGAAUCGGAACGGGCACGCUUUACUUUAGGGGCUGCUCUUUUGUUUCUGUUUUGCUCUCUUGAAGUUUGAAAUCUAGCUAGGGUUUCUGCUCGGACAGAAUUUGAGGUUUCUUUUUUCCUGCCGGUGUUGGUGAUGGCGGACGAGGGGUUCGAUUACUCGGACCUGGUUGACGGAGAUGCUGAUGCUGAUGAUAAGUUGUUUAUAGAUCUUGACACCGUUUUGAAUGUCCUUGAUGAGGAUUGUGAUCCUUCGGAGAGUAGUCUGGAGGGUUUUUCAUUAAAAAAUGUCUCACCUGGCGAAUCCAGCAUCCACGAUAAUUUUCAGCUUCAAAGCGGAAAUUCCAUGCUUUGCUGUGAUCAUGAAAAUCAAGGACCUCCUUCACAGACUUGCUCCUCCUCUCAUGCUGUCCCUGAUGGUUUUCAGCAGUUGGAUCCUCUGGAUGGAAGUAACGAGAUUUGCUACACAGAAAGGGAAGGAACUUCAGGAUGUGAGGUGCCAGCCCAAUCUUUGGAACCUAGUGCUCCCGAGCCACAUUUCAACAAUACAUCGGUUUGUGGGGAUAAUUUGAACUUGAAUCCUCUCUGGAAGGAAAAAAAGGAAAGCCAACUCAAGCAUGUGGGAGAGGACGUUAAGUCUGAAUAUGCUUCUUACAGCCCUAUGAUUGAGAAUAGUGACGUAAGUUUUGCACAAUAUGGAGCUUUUGAUGAAGAUAUGUGUGAAGGAGUUUCUGGGCAGCCGGAAUCUGACUCGUGUACGUCUUUUGAAAUGUCAUUCAUGGAUGCUAAUGGAGGCUCACAUAUUGGAACAUCAACCAAUUCUACUAUUUGCCGAGGCUUCAAUGCUCUUGGUGAUUCUCGUGACUACUUUUCAUCCUUGCAUGGUUAUAAGGGUACCGAUGAUAGACUUCUACCUUCUGACUUGUCACUUGCUUCUUAUUUGCCUAAUGUCUCUGGCUCUCAGUUUUGGCCAAAUCAAGAAAUACUUGAUAAUGUGAAGGGUGAAAACAUGGAAUAUGUGGCUGAUGCCUCACGUGUGAGUAGUAACAUGCAUUCCAGUUCUACUGGUGGGAUUUCUUUUCAAGAUAAUCAAUUCUUAUCAGCAGAUAGUGAAUUUUCUUCAUUUUUUCCUGGUAAUGUUUCAUACUAUCCAUGUGAAGAGCAAGUAGCUCGUGUCAAAGGUGAAAGAGAUCAACCGAUUACACCUUACCAGAACUCUCUUUUUGAAAAUUACUCUGAGUUUAAUGGAGGCCAAGAGAUGAAUCAAUUAAAAGGAGGCCUAGAGAUGAAUCAGUUAAAUAGUGCUUUUCCUUCCAUGGGAAAUUAUGGUCUUAAUUUGUUAGAGUGCGAGGCUAAAGACGCUGAUGUAUUAUCCAACAUACAUCAUUAUCAAGGAAUGAUUGAUGGUACUGGUUGUAAAUUUUUAAGAGACACAGCUAAUUUGAAUAGACAAGCCUUAAACAAAUCUUUGCCCUAUACCCAGGCAUCAAUUGGCACUGAGGAGCAGUUUGGUUAUGUUAAGAAUGAAGGGGAGGAAAAAAUGAUUCAGUGUAGGAAUUUUGAUUCUCACAUUUCAAAAGCUGGCGCUGAGUUGGUUCACAGUAAUUUUUUAGAGAAAUCCCAUGUUGAGGAUGAUGACUCUGAUGUCUGUGUGAUUGAAAGCAUUAGUCAUCCUGCACCAGUGAAUCGGUCGACAGACCAUUGGAAUUCUCAUAAGAUAUCACAGUACUCUCCAUAUGGUGAUUCACAACCUUGCAUGUCACGAAGCACAAGGUCGAAGGCCUUUGAUGAGCAAUAUGUAUUACGAGCUGCACUACAGGAUUUAUCUCAGCCAAAGUCAGAAGUUAUACCUCCAGAUGGAUUGAUGGCUGUUCCUCUAUUAAGACAUCAGAGAAUUGCUUUGUCAUGGAUGGUUCAAAAGGAAACAUCAAGUUUAUACUGCUCAGGGGGAAUCCUUGCAGAUGAUCAGGGACUUGGAAAAACGGUGUCGACUAUUGCUUUGAUACUGAAGGAAAGACCUCCAGCACUUAUAGCUUGCCAAAAUCCACAAAAGGGUGAAUUAGAAACUCUGAAUUUGGAUGUCGAUGAUGAUGUCCUUGCCGAGGGUGGUGGAGUGAAGGAAGACAGGCCCAGUGUAAGUCCAAUCGAAAACAAGAAUUUGUUGAUGCAAACAAAGGGAAGGCCAUCUGCAGGAACGCUUAUUGUUUGUCCCACCAGUGUCCUGCGGCAAUGGGCUGAAGAGUUGCAAAAUAAGGUAACCAGCAAAGCAAAUCUCUCUGUGCUAGUGUACCAUGGAAGCAACCGAACCAAAGAUCCGUAUAUGCUGGCCAAGUAUGAUGUUGUUCUGACAACUUAUUCAAUUGUCAGCAUGGAGGUACCUAAGCAGCCUCUGGUUGACAAAGAUGAAGAAGAGAAAGGAAAAUCUGAUGUUCAUGCUGGUCUACCACCUAGUAAGAAGAGGAAAUGCCCUUCUUCUAGUAGAAGUGGCAAGAAGGGAUUAGACCAUGCUUUGCUUGAGGUUUCUGCUCGCCCUUUAGCAAAGGUGGCAUGGUUUAGAGUUGUCUUGGAUGAGGCCCAGAGUAUAAAGAACCACAGAACUCAAGUUGCAAGGGCCUGCUGGGGUCUUCGUGCAAAGCGAAGAUGGUGCUUGUCUGGAACUCCUAUCCAGAAUGCUAUUGAUGAUCUUUAUAGUUAUUUUAGAUUUCUCAGAUAUGACCCUUAUGCUAUCUAUAAUACAUUCUGUUCUACUAUUAAGAUUCCAAUAAACAGAAAUCCAAACAGAGGGUAUAGAAAGCUACAAGCUGUCUUGAAGACAAUAAUGUUACGCAGGACAAAAGGCACACUUCUUGAUGGAGAACCUAUUAUUACACUGCCACCUAAGUAUGUGCAGCUGAAAAAAGUGGAUUUUUCAAGAGAGGAGCGUGAUUUCUAUUCCAGACUGGAGGCUGAUUCUCGUGCACAGUUUCAGGAAUAUGCUAAUGCUGGAACUGUUAAGGAAAAUUAUGUCAACAUUCUGUUGAUGCUUUUACGUCUUCGACAAGCUUGUGAUCAUCCUCUGCUUGUUAAGCGCUACAAUUCUAACUCUCUAUGGAGAUCUUCAGUUGAGAUGGCAAAGAAACUUCCUUGGGAAAAACGAACAUCACUUUUCAACUGUUUGGAGGCUUCCUUGGCUAUUUGUGGCAUCUGUAAUGAUCCUCCUGAAGAGGCAGUUGUUUCAUCUUGUGGUCAUGUCUUUUGUAACCAGUGCAUUUCUGAACAUCUCACUGGUGAUGACAACCAGUGCCCUACUACAAAUUGCAAAGCUCAAUUGAGUAUGUCUUCGGUGUUCUCCAGAGCCGCAUUGAACUGCUCUCUUUCUGACCAGGCUAGUAAUAGUUUGGUUGAUUGCUCUGGUUCUGAAGUGGAGGGUUAUGAGCCUUGUUCUCAGAGUCAGCCAAUUGAUUCUUCAAAAAUUAAGGCUGCUCUUGAGGUGUUGAACUCAUUGUGUAAGCCACAGGUUAAUGCAUCAAAAAGUAUUUCAAUGCAGACUAAUUCUGAUGAACAUAGUGACAGCCAUGGGAAUUCCUCUGACGCCAACGAGGUGAAAUCUUUCAAGGAUUUUCCUGAGAGUCAAAAUAUGUCGGAUGGAAGCUCCAAUGAUUCAAUUGUUAGAGAGAAAGCUAUUGUAUUUUCUCAGUGGACAAGGAUGUUGGAUUUGCUUGAAGCAUGUCUUAAGAAUUCUUCAAUUCAGUAUAGGAGGCUUGAUGGCACAAUGUCGGUUGUUGCUAGGGAUAAAGCCGUUAAAGAUUUCAAUACUCUCCCAGAGGUAACAGUUAUGAUUAUGUCUUUGAAAGCUGCAAGCCUCGGCCUCAACAUGGUAGCUGCCUGCCAUGUACUUUUGCUUGAUCUAUGGUGGAAUCCAACAACAGAAGAUCAAGCAAUUGACAGAGCGCAUCGAAUUGGGCAGACUCGCCCUGUGACUGUUUUACGGUUGACUGUGAGAGAUACAGUUGAAGAUCGGAUUUUAGCUCUACAGCAAAAGAAGCGGAAGAUGGUUGCAUCUGCGUUUGGAGAAGAUGAAACUGGCGGUCGUCAAAGUCGCCUCACAGUGGAUGAUUUAAAAUACUUGUUCAUGAUGUGAUUAGGCACAUACAUUCGUACAGAUACAAAUUUGUUUUUGGAUUUUCUCUCCAAAAAGGGGGUUGGCUGUUGGUGGCUGCAGAAGUCAGGAAACAACAAACAGGACAUUUGCUAACCAAUACUGACAGUAACCACGGGGGUUCUGGUGACGUUUGACAUGAAAAGAUUAAAUGUAUUGCCAUUAUAUUUUGGUUGAGAUGAUUCAUUCUUUUACCUGGAAAUUUUGGUUUAGUCUCAUACAUUUGUAUAGGAUGGGGACUAGGAGCAGUUGCAGACAGGAAGGCAGAUAGAUUCUCAGAUUUUUCUUGUAAAUAAUAGAAGGUUUAGUCUUUCUCAUAAUGAUUAGUCUACUCGCUCUUCUGUUUGUUUGUUUGUGUUUUUAUUGAGCCGUAUGUUUAAAUUUCAAA